GUCGACGCCAUUUUGUUUCACCGGGUAGUAAAGAAACACAACCUGAAGCCACCGGCGAGAAUAUUUUACCUUUUUAUUUGAAGCACCUUCAACACGGCGGAGCAGCGUCGUGCAGCCGAGAUUAGAUUCGCAUGAUGUCUGAAGACAUGGCCACAGAUCAUGUAAAUGGGAACGGUACGGAGGAACCGAUGGACACCACCGUGGCUGUGACCCGCUCGGAGCACUUCGAGGCUCUACUGGAGGCUGGUUUACCACAGCAAGUGGCCGAGAAGCUGGAUGAACUUUACGUAGCAGGCCUGGUAGCACAUAGCGACCUAGACGAAAGGGCUAUUGAAGCUUUGAAAGAAUUCAAUGAGGAGGGAGCCCUGCAAGUGCUGGUCCAAUUCAAAGAGAGCGAUCUGUCGCACGUGCAAAACAAAAGUGCCUUUCUCUGUGGAGUUAUGAAGACUUACCGGCAGAGGGAGAAACAAGGGACUAAAGUUUCAGAUUCCACUAAAGGACCGGACGAGGCCAAAAUCAAAGAACUCCUGGACAGAACCAACUACACACUCGACGUUACAACGGGCCAGCGAAAGUAUGGCGGCCCCCCACCUGAGUCAGUGUACUCUGGAGCCCAACCCAACGUUGGAACAGAGAUAUUUGUCGGGAAGAUUCCCCGUGACCUGUUUGAAGAUGAGCUGGUUCCUCUCUUUGAGAAGGCUGGUCCUAUCUGGGACCUCAGGCUAAUGAUGGACCCUCUGAGUGGCCUGAACAGGGGUUACGCCUUCGUCACGUUCUGCACUAAAGAGGCGGCCCAGGAGGCUGUAAAACUGUGUAAUAAUCAUGAGAUUCGCCCGGGCAAGCACAUCGGGGUUUGUAUAUCUGUUGCCAACAACAGGCUUUUCGUUGGCUCCAUCCCCAAGAGUAAAACAAAGGAGCAGAUUGUUGAGGAGUUUGCUAAAGUCACAGAGGGGCUCAGUGACGUCAUACUUUACCAUCAACCAGAUGAUAAAAAGAAGAACCGAGGCUUUUGUUUCCUGGAGUAUGAAGACCAUAAAACAGCUGCUCAGGCCCGUCGUCGGCUAAUGAGCGGCAAGGUGAAGGUUUGGGGCAACGUGGUGACAGUGGAGUGGGCCGAUCCCAUCGAGGACCCCGACCCAGAGGUCAUGGCCAAGGUGAAGGUUUUAUUUGUUAGAAAUCUCGCGAACGGCGUCACUGAGGAAAUCCUGGAGAAGAGUUUUAGUGAGUUUGGAAAACUGGAGCGGGUGAAGAAGCUCAAAGACUAUGCUUUUAUUCACUUUGAAGAGAGGGAUGGUGCCGUAAAGGCUUUGGAAGAAAUGAAUGGGAAAGAGCUGGAGGGAGAGCCCAUUGAGAUUGUUUUCGCCAAGCCACCAGAUCAGAAAAGGAAGGAGCGUAAAGCCCAGAGACAAGCAGCCAAAACACAAAUGUAUGAUGACUAUUACUACUACCCUCCCCCUCCCCACAUGCCUCCUCCUGUCAGAGGCCGGGGCAGAGGCGGCAACCGGGGCGGCUACUCUUACCCCCCAGACUACUACGGCUAUGAGGACUACUACGAUUACUACGGCUAUGACUAUCACAACUACCGCGGCGGCUACGACGACCCCUAUUACGGGUACGAUGACUUCCAGGCCCCGAGCCGAGGGCGGGGUGGCAACAGGGGCGCACGGGGCGGAUCCUCUCCGGCCAGGGGACGUGGCGGCGCCGGGGCACCCAGGGGCAGGUCCAACUUCUCCCAGCGUGGCGGGCCCGGACCAGGCCGUGGCGGGCGGGGCGCAAGAGGAGGCGUGCAGCCGAGAGGGCGAGGAGGGGUACGUGGUGCGCGGGGUGGCCGCGGUGGAAAUGUAGGAGGAAAGCGCAAAGCUGAUGGGUACAACCAGCCAGAUUCCAAGCGUCGCCAGACCAAUAAUCAGAACUGGGGCUCUCAACCCAUUGCUCAGCAACCGCUCCAAGGUGGUGAUCAUUCUGGUAACUAUUCCGGUUACAAAUCUGACAACCAGGAAUUUUAUCAGGAUUCUUUUGGGCAACAGUGGAAGUAAACGAGUAGGGCUUUGAUAACAAAAUACGUGUUUGUUUUUUUGUUUUUGUCUUUUUAUUUAGAGACUUGAUCUGAUUGGCCCUCAAUCCCAUACGGUUGCCUGCAUUUUUUUUCCUCCAAAUUGGUGACAUCUGGCAAGAUAUACUUUUUGUACAUAUUUUAAUAAUCCGCUUGGACUCAAACAGUAGUCACACUCCCACCUGUUUCUGGCGAACUGGUUUUAUUUUUUCAUUUGUUUUUUUUGUUUUUUUUAAAAAAAGAAAAGAAAAGAUGGUCAUAAGAUUUUCCAUAACAAAGUUUGAAAAUUUUUUAGAUGCAAUUAUGUGCUCGAGCUGUCUAUUUGGCUAUAGCUUUAUGUAUGUUUUUAGAGAUUCUGGUUUCCAUGUUUUAAGUAGCUAACAGCAACAAAGCAUAUGUCUCCUAAACAUGUAUUUAAAACAAAUGAAAAUACAAUUUGUAUUGUCACAAAGUAAUUGCGUGUCUUGUUAUUGAAAAGAGAAAAAAAAGGACCAUCGUAGUCCUAUUUUUUGGCUUUACAUUUUGGCUUGUAUUCUUUGCUGUUUGUCUGCUUUAAUAAACAUACACGCACACGUGUACAAAACUUCAAAUUGUGUUGCAAAUUCAUGUUUCGGCAAAUUCUCUCUUCAAAUUGCCUUCAAAUUUUAAGGCUCCUUGUGGAAGAAAAUGGAUUUAAAGGUUUGCCAAUGUUGGCCACUUGCU